GAGAUUAUGCAAUCUCGAUAAUCGCGUCUCUUCAACCUCUGCCCAUUAUUCAUGUCUACUCUCUCUUCUUUCGCUCCAUUCCAACUUUUCGUCUUUCCUCUCCAAUCAAUCGGCAAUCUUUGAAGCAGCGGAAUAAGCAAUUCCUCGUCGUUGUUGACGCGACUCCUCUCCGGCGACGAAAUGAGCUCUGUGAAGCGACGUGGGCAAGCGGAGCAGAGUCAUCCGAAGCAAAACGUCUAGCAAAAGGGAAAGCAAAAGACGAUGGUAAGUCGAGUGGGAAACGAAGUAGACUAUCUAGAAAGCCUUCAACAUCUGUGGUUGGCGUCCCUGUACAAGCCAAGAGACCUCAGUUAAGGAUCAAGAGAACUACUCGUUUUUUCCUGCACAUCCCGAAGGCUCUAAACGAAAGGCAGAAAAUUGCUGUCAGGUAGCUCGGCUUUGGUGGUCUACUCGACUAUGAUGUGGCCUCUGUUCCAGGAACCUUAGCCUAUUUGCUAUUGGAGCAUUUUGACCACCUACGGUGCAGUCUUAUGCUGCCCAAUGGUGUUGAGCUAGUUGUUGACACGAAAGACGUCGAGCUUAUUUUUGGUUUCCCAAACGAGGGAUGACAUUUGAUCGAUGAGACAUAAACACCAGGAUCAAAUACCUGUAAACCCUUUCACUUGAAGACGAGGUUGAUAUAAAUGCUCUGCAGACCAAGGUGCUAGAAGCAAUGAUGCUACAAGAAACUGGGGGGCACUUUUUAAGAAAAUAUUCCUACUGCUGAUGGACACUGCUCUCAUACCUUAUGGCUAUGUCAAACCCCGAAUUGUGGACAUUCUCGGUGAUUUGCAUAAAAUAAAGAAGCACAAUUGGUGUAGGUACUUGCUUGACAAUCUGUUGAGGACGCGCGAGCUGUGGAUGAAAAACAAGUCCAAAGUUCUCAGCGGGCCAGUAGUUUUCCUAGUGGCCUUCUACGUCGAUCGAGUAGUGCACCGUAGGAGAUGUGUGCCACGUGCCAUUCCUAGGAUAAAGGGCUGGACGGCCAAACUGUUGAAAGAGAGAGAGGAAGAGGAAAUGAAAGAAGAUGAUUUCGGUCUUGGACGAGAGACUUCACAAUUGGAUGAGAAUGAACUGGGUGGUGCGGAAAUGUCAACAGUAGUGGUGCAUCUGCUGGCUACUGAAGAUGUUGAAGAGAGAGAUGCUUUGGAUGAAUUGGUGUAUAUGAGGGGUGUUUGGGGGGCAACCAAACACGUAGGUGACGGUUUCAAGAUGCUGGCAAAGGAAUUGAACCAAGCACCUCCGGAAAUCAGGAAUAAGGACAGCUUUAGAAUAACAUGUGACGCUCUUAGGUGGGCGUUUAGACUGGACGAAAAAGACUUUGACCCUGUGGAGUCAAUGACGCAGUCACAGUCUGCCCACUAUAGUGCAGCAGAAGACUGGUCAGAGUCCUUGAAAUCUUUGUUGGACGCGGCUGAUGAAAUGGAUAUACUAGAAAACGAAGACGAAUACCCAAGCUUCAACCUUGGGUUUGAUUCCAGCCAGGAUGAUGAUACUUGUCACCGUGAUUGAGAACGUCAACAAGAGACAGACAAUCCAAACAAUGUUGAAGAGGGUGAUGUGUCGGAGUACGAGCUAAGGGAGCCAACCGACCUCUUUUUUAGUGGGGAUGAAGUUGUAUCUCAGGACGGGGACAGAGAGAACGCUGCUGAUUUGGGAGGAGAUGGUCUGGAUUUUAUUACUGGUAGUGACAUUGGAAGAGAGGUGGGAUGCAAAGAGCAUGUGGCUGUUGCGCAAGUAGGAACGGUUAUGAAUGGGGAGAAUGCACUCGACGUGGCUAGUGCUAUUGUGCGUGAUGUUGCGUCGGAGCACGAUGCAGUAGACGUAGUCGUUCGCUCUGCCGUGGAAGCAGCCAUUGAACUAGGUGAUGCUCUUUUCGAAACACAAACUGUUACGGGGGGCGUUGAUGUGGGUAAAUUACCUAUACGCCGAGAUGCAGAGAUGAAUCGUGAAAAGAGCACGUAUGUUGUAAUACAACCUGCUCCAACAAGGAAACUCAGACUGCCUACAGGGAGAAGAGAGGGUUCAUCAUCAGCGCGUAUCAACCUAACAUGGACUAGAGAAGAGAGAGAUUGUUACCAAUUCCUUCUUGCAACACCCUACAUGUGGACGGAGCAUGUUAUUUACUCUGAUGAUGUUGUGGAAGUUAUUAAAAGGAAAUUCGGCUAGUUGAAGCCACAUGAGGCUGUUGACGCUGAAGUUAUCGAUGUUUGGGCUUCGUAUCUAAAUGGCAUGGAGUCAGACAAUGUGGUUGAACGGAGAGCUAGUUGGGAAAAAUCUGAAGUUGUGUCUACAUUCUGUGAGGAAAUGGAUGGUCAAUUCAACGGCACAGGAACUUUUGACAUCAUACAAUAUGAUUUGAUUUUUUUCCCAAUAUCUUCAAAGAGGCAUUACUAUUUGGUGUGCUUUUCAUUGAAGACUGGGGUUGCGGAUGUGCUAGACCAUGUUGUGCCCGAGAACGGUAUUCCAGAUUGGGCCAAAUAUGAGAGAGACUUGGAUCUACUAAGGGAUUAUCUCAGUUUUUAUCUCAAGUCAAAGGGACACGAGGAACUGUCUGAUUUCAUACUCAAUGAGCGUAGUACGCGCUUGCUGGACUUGCCAUGGAAGACAAGCCAUCCAACGAAUGACUCGGGGGUAUUCCUGACGAGACACAUGGAGACUUACAUGGGUAACCAUGCCAAUUUAAUGACAAUGGGUCUUCAAGGAGUUAGUGUGAGGCUUCUGCAGAUUCUGAGGGGGAGAUAUUGCAAGGCCAUGCUCCUUGCACCGUUCAACGAUUGCAAAGAAAGGUUCUCGUCCUACCUUAGUAAUUACAUCAACGUGACUCCUAACUUCAGGACAGAUUACGCGAGGCAAGUGAAUGGCAUGUUGAACCCCAGCAACGAGCAGCACAAUCAGCCCGCAAGGAAGAAAAGCAAGUUGAAUUGAGUAGAUUUGGAAUUGACUAUUUGUUUUUUAAAUGUUAAUGGUAGUUUUUUGGACAAUGGUAUUUAAUUUUAGAUGUGAAUGGUAUUUUUUUGGAUAUUGGUAUUUUUUUUUGGCUUGUGAAGAUGUUUCUUUUGUUAAGAGAAGCAUCAACAUUAGAAAUCUCUUUCCAUUUAUGAAACAUGGUGGUGAUAUUAUCUCGGUUUUAA